UACUACGUCAAUUACGAUAAGACGAAAAGAUUAUUUUAUCUUGCUUCUGCACAAAAAGAAUCCUAUAAUCAGAGUACAAAAUACACUAUUAAAUACUACAAAAAAGUAUUAAUAUGAAUGGACCGACGAGAGAUCUACCAUGGGGUUUGCAAUGUGCAAGAUGUAUGUGCAACGGUUGCUGCGAGCAUCGUCGUAUCAAUUGGACAGCAUGGCACCAAGGAGGCAUAUUGGCGCUUACUUAUCUAGCAUAUACUUGUUAUCAUUUGACUCGGAAACCGAUAUCUGUAGUGAAGAAUGUUUUAAGUCUCAAUUGCAGCAAUCUACCAGUACCUGCGGAUAUUUUUGUAAAUGUUAGUAACCGAGAUACCUGGUGUGAUUGGGCUCCAUUUGAUACGGAAGAUGCACCAGCAUUACUUGGCAUGCUGGAUUCAGCAUUUCUGUUUGCAUAUGCAGUGGCUAUGUUUUUCAGUGGGUUCAUAGCGGAGAGAGUAAAUCUGCGAUACUUCCUUUCCAUUGGUAUGCUUGCUUCAGGCAUAUCAUGUUACCUGUUUGGAAUCGCUAAACCAUACAAUAUUCACAAUCUAUGGUACUUUAUUUUCGUGCAGGCACUAGGCGGAAUCUUUCAAACUUCUGGAUGGCCAGGCGUAGUAACUGUUGUGGGAAAUUGGUUUGGAAAAGGCAAGCGUGGCUUGAUCUUUGGAGUAUGGAAUUCUCAUACAUCCUUAGGAAAUAUAUUAGGUAGUUUAAUCGCGGCGGCAUACGUCGAGUCCGAUUGGAGUUUGAGUUUCAUUGUGCCUGGAGUGGUAAUGGGACUGAUGGGAUUUGUGAUCUUCCUGUUCCUAAUACCAAAUCCUAUCGACUUAGGAUAUAGCUCGCCCGCUUCCCUCGGAUAUCGAAAAAUUGUAACGAAUAGUUCGGACGAUGACUCGUUUGACGGAGGUUACGAAUCUCAUAGUGUCAACGAGGAUCGUGUCAUCUAUCGCUGUGUCUACCGUGAACAACUUACUACCGACAAUGUUGCAAAUGAGCGCUCUGAAACUAGCCCAAUGCUAUCUGGACACCGACGUGAUCAUAAUACAUCUCACAAUAGCGCGAUCGACUUCAUAGGAGCCAUAAAGAUACCAGGUGUUAUCGAAUAUUCCUUGUCGCUAUUUUUCGCAAAGCUUGUUAGCUAUACAUUCCUCUACUGGUUACCAUUGUACAUCGCAGCUACAACUACAUAUAACGCAACUCUGAGUGCGGAUCUGUCGACUCUGUUUGAUGUGGGCGGUAUAAUAGGUGCUAUAGCAGCUGGAAUCAUCUCUGAUUACAGUGGCAUGAGCGCGUUAACAUGCGCCGCAAUGUUUGGACUUGCAUUUCCCGCGUUAUUUAUGUACGACUCUAUCGGAAAUACUAGUCUAGGCGUCAAUAUAGUAUUACUGCUGAUAGGAGGGCUUUUAGUGAAUGGUCCCUAUGCAUUAAUAACGACUGCUGUGUCGGCCGAACUGGGAACUCAUCCUAGUUUAGGAGAAAAUUCAAAAGCUUUAGCUACAGUGACUGCCAUUAUCGAUGGAACUGGUAGUAUUGGGGCUGCAAUUGGUCCGCUAUUAGCAGGUUUAGUGUCUCAGUGGGGCGGAUGGCACAAUGUGUUUUAUAUGCUUAUGUGUGCGGAUUUAUUCGCUCUACUGCUUCUGUCCAGAUUAGUUUACAGAGAUAUAAGAUUGUAUGUGCAAAGACGAAGAAUUAUUCAAAUGUAGAACGUGAAAUAAAAUUCGCUAAUUAUUGCGUAUAAAUGCGGAGAGGUAUGUCAGUUUUUAUAUAUUUGAAUCUGUGUAUUUAUAAUUUAUAGUCUUGUAUCUCCUUAAGGGAUGCAAGAGAGAGAUUUAAAUAUAUGGAAAUCUAUUUUGGACAAUACUUUUUCAUAACUGCUACACGCAUCUAAAUGUAAUUUUAAACAGAGAAAAGCUAAU